CAUGUAAGUCACGUGACUGACAUCAGCUGAUCAGUAGUGCUGAUGGCGGAACUAACUGAAAACAUGGUGGUUUUACUGAGUGCAUUAGCUAACAAGGACUGCCGAAAACUGUGCCACAGGGUGGUGGAUAGUCUGUGUGGGCGGGAGCCUCCUCACAGAGGGGAUUACAGCGCCACCUGGAGCCUGCAGGAGUGGCUGCAGCUGCUGGACUCGCUGACAGCUCUGUUCCGUUUGGCAGUGGUCAACAACAUCUCCGAUGAAGUGGUGCUGUCCCAGUUGUCAGAUGUGAGCAGCAGCCAAGCUGAGGUUGUGUUGAGUGUGCUCAGAGCAAGAGAAGAGGAGAUCCGCUGCGCCCUGCUGGACAGAACCAACUCCAUCUCCUCUGCUACUCUGCAGGACUUUGAUUGGCAACUUAAGUUAGCUCUGUCCAGUGAUAAGAUAUCAUCUCUCCACACACCUCUGCUCAGUCUCAGUCUAGAUGUGCGAGAAAAUGGAGUCCUCCGGCCUGUCACUUUGGAGAUGAACAGAGAUGAGCUAGGCAUGCUCAUCAGUUCAUUAGAGUCUGCUAAUAAGGUAGUGUUGCAGCUGAAAUGAUGGAAAAAUUGUGGAUUACUAAUCUUCUUGAAGACCACAGAGCAUCCAGAGGAGGAAUAUUAUGUUCCUCAAGUGUGUGAAAGAGGAGCUCCCAUAUUUUGGACAGGGUCCUGUAGGUUCCAGCCAUAAUGAUGUGAUGAAUGUUCCGUCAUGUGCUGGAGCAGUUGGAUACCUACACUUUGUUUUCCUUUUGUUUUUAGUUUUUUGCACCAUGUUCAAUAAAUGUUUAUUUUGCAUUUUGUACUGUUGAAUUAAGUGGUGUUUAUUGAUUUUAGCAGCAGUAUUAACUGACAUGUAAAUCCAAAGUACCAAAACGAGAUAAACUAGUUUUCCCUUCAAGAGGGAAAUUUUCACUUUUAUGUGUAUUUUACAGUCUGUUUAAUUUCAUUUUUCAUGAAAUUGGCACUCCCAUAUUCACACAUUACUAAUCUACAUUUGGUAUCUAAAAUGUAACAAAAGUGAAAAUACAUUUUAAGAAAUGUUUUACAUCAAAACUACCUGCUGAAGUUCACACCAAGCUCCGUAAUGGGAGGGAAGGUGAUUUAAGUGACUUUCAGUGUGUCAUGGUUGCUGGUGCCAAACGGUCUAAAUAUUUCAGAAACUGGGAUUUCUUUCAGGUUUACAGAGAAUCACCAAAGUAAAGAAAAAAUAUUCACUGAAUAGUAGUUCUCUGGGCCUUAUUGAUGCCCGAGGUCAGAGGAGAAUAGUCAAAUUGCUUUGAUAUGAUAGAAAGGCAACAGUAACUAAUAGUAAGUAAUAAUAAUAAUAAACACAACACAUAGAACACUCAUUUGUUAUCAGUUGCAAAUCUUAGCAAUAUAUCUAGCUAACAUAGACAAUUAAAGGCAUCCACCGGGUGGUCUCUACUGGCUCGUUGCUCUUAAGGAAGCGGCUUGGGAGCAGCAGUUCUCGGAGGUUGGCAUCAAGCCUGACAUACAAAGAAACAAGCUAAUCAAGGGCAACAGGUAAAUGUUUUGCAGGUUACUCAGGCCAUGGAAGAAAGCAUCACAAGUGUUUUUUCCUUCCACCCUUCAGUCCACUGAAUAAUCCACCACAAUUAGCUUUUGCUGCAGCAAAUUGUACAUGCAGUGAGCAGUUACAUCAAAGUAGGUGUUUUAAAAAACACACCCUUUGUUAAUAAAUUUGGCAUACGACAACUCAGAAUUUGAGUUUAUGACAACCUGUGCUCAUUGUAGGAUUCUGCCUGUCAAGAGAUUGUAUAGGUUAUAGGUUAGUUUAGCAAAAUCUGAGGUUCACACGUUCAGUGAAGCUGCUUGGAAACUAACAUUCGUUAAAAAACCUUGAACCUUUUCCAGCUCAGCGGCGAAGAUUUCAGGUGAAGGCAGAGCUGUUUCAGAGGGCUCUGUGUGGAGGAGAUGGAGUGAGCAGAGGGGACAUCUGGGCAGUGUGAGGAGCUGCAGAUGAAAACUCAUUUUGACAACAAAUGAAUUGCGUCAUUGCAUUGAGCUCAACUACCUUUUCGAGCAGAAUGUCUUGGUUUAAAGCGAGGCAGUAAGGGACAAGCUCAUUCACCUGUACUUCUUUAGUAGGUGAUUGUUCUGUAAUUAACCAGCAGACGGCUUAUGCACAUAAGGUAGGAGGGAAGUGCAGACAGCUGGGGCAAACUAACACAGGUGCAGACAACACAAAGAAGCAGGGGAGGAAGUAAAACCAAACAGACUGGACAAGAGAUAAAUGGCACAGUGAGAAGCAAUGUCAGGAAAUGAGAAGCAAUAACUAAAUAGAGGAACAAAGACACAGAACUAAACUAAACAUAUACACA